CGGUGAAGCUGCUGGAAUACGGAAAACUCGCGAGAUUUCCCAUGAAGCAACGUCAACUUUCAUGAAGGCGUCGGUUGUUCGUGUCUAGAGUCCAAGUUGAUCUGCCUGGCUCUGUCUGAGCCGUCAUGAGGAAGAGGAGGAAGAGGACCACCGUCCAGUCCGUCCUGUGACCCGGUCCCUCUGGAUGGACCGUGUGGUUCUGCACUACCGGCCCGGCUCGGCGCUCCGCCUCUCCACCCUGCUGCAGCAGACCCAGAGGCUGCUGGAGCCGCUGGCCCUCCGGCCGCCGCCCGCUUUCAGACCCUGGUUCCCCUGCGGUGCCGCCCACUGCCGGGCCAUCAGACCGGCCAAACCGCCGCCCCACAUCAGCCCGGCAGGGGGCGUCCCCACAGAGAACCAGCCUGGGACUACGGACAGGACGCAGGACGCUCCCUGCCGUGUCCAACUCGUGGCACCCGGAACCGGUUCAGGGACGGAAAGAGAGGUCCCGGCGGUCCGGAGGUCCUGGAGCGUCUCCAGGCAGAGCGGAGUCCAGCUGCAGAGCCGCAUGUCUCUGUCCUCACGUCUCCGUCGCCUGGUGUCCCUCCACCGGCUCCACCUGCGCCAGCGCGCCAAGUGGGUCAUCACCCAGCAGAACUGCAGCAACCUGGACGAGGCGUGGCGCCGCCUGAGCCGCUCCGUCCGCCGCGCCGGGUUGCCGACCUGCAACGCCAACAUCCAGCGGGAGCGGGCGGAGAUCUGGGUGUUCUGUGACGUCCUGCACUGUGAGCAGGUGGGGCGCCACCUGAAGGACGAGCUGCGGCUGGCGGGUCGGAUCCACCUGGCCGUCCACCGGCUGGGGAACAUCUUCAGCAUGUAGGCCGGGUCCGGCUGGACAGAACCACAGGAAACAACUAGCGGGGAUAAUUUGGCUUGAUUAGCCUUGUUUAGCCUGGCAUGCAAGGAAAAAUAGGGACUCAUUUUCUUCAUUCAUUCAUUUGUGAUGCCACGCCUUCAUAAUACAUAUUUAAGUAGCAAGAUAAACAUUUAGCCUGCAGCAUAAAUGGUUAACUUGUUAGCUAAACAUGUAGAAGUAUAUUUAGCUUGCUAACUGAUUAUUAGUUAGCAAGCUAAAUGUGCUACAUGUUUAGUUACCAGGCUACAUAUUUAGAAGAGGAAGUGACUCACUGUGACAUUUAUAGAUGAAUGAAUGAUGUGGCUAAAAUGAAGAAAGCCCCGUUUUUUCUCUCCAUGACCGGAUCAAUAACCCAGAUUAUUGCUGUUGGUUAUUGGUUAUUGCCUUUACAUGGUCGGGUUCAGUGAGUUGUGCUGGAGUUUGAAGCAGAACCAGAGAUGAAGGAGUGUGAACCGGACCGGCACUGACUGGGGGGAAGGUGGAGAUUUUUAUGGAUCCAUGAAUUUUACCUGGAUGAAUCGAUGUUUCUGCUGAAUAAAUCCCUGAACUCUGAUCAGUUUUAUUUAAAUAAAUAAGCAGUUUCAUCUCAGAAACUUCAGGCGGUCUUUGUUUCCUCCUGUAUAAAUAUUUAAAUGUUUUUAGAGAAUCUGUUUACUAUUAAUGAGUUGAGUUGACAUGUGGUUUGAAUCUUAUGAUUUCUUCUGCAUUUAUUAAUAAACUGUUCUUAACGGUUGCA